AUGAUUGCAUCUUUGGAAGAAGCAACGGUUGAUAUGUUAAUUGAUGAAGACACAAGGCAGUGGAACCCGGAACUGGUUGAUGGAAUUUUUGCUCCGGAAGAAUCUGCACUAAUUAAAAAAAUCCCACUGGCAAGGUGCGAAACCGAGGACUCACUGUACUGGCCACUGACACAGGAAGACAACUAUACCAGCAAGUCGAGUUACAGGUUUCUGAAAGAGGAAGCAGAGGUACGACCCCUGGCAGAUUCAGAGUCUCAGGAAAAAGAUUUAUGGAAGAAGAUUUGGGCUCUUAAGGUUCCUAAUAAGGUGAAAAAUCAUAUGUGGAGAGCAUGCCGAAACUCAUUACCAACUAAAACCAACUUGGUUCGCAGGACCAUCAUUGCUAAUGACACUUGUGAUCGCUGUCAUGGUGCUGCUGAGGUGAUCCACACUUUGUGGGAAUGCCCAGAAAUUGAUGUAGUGUGGACCGAUGCGACUCUAUGGGAUUUUCAUUUCAAUUCGGAGUUCGCUGACUUCAAACACCUGUGCCUGAAGCUUCAUCAAGCAUAUAGUCCUGGUGUUAUUGAAGCUUUAGCUGUUCACAGUGGGAUCACACUAGCAUUGGACAUUGAUUUUCACAAAAUUGUAGUGGAAAGCGACUCAAAGGCUGUUAUGACGGUAUUGUAG